AUGAGUAAUAACCUCACUCUAUUCCACUCCGACGCAGAAAACUCGGAAGAAGAUAUUUUUGGCCGCUCGCAACUGCAAGUAUGGUUCGAAGUGUCCCUAGGGGUAUUAAUGUGCCUAGUGGCUGUUACAGGAAACAUUUUGGUGGUGAUUGCCAUCCACUAUGAUCAAAGGCUCAACACAAUUACCAAUAUACUGGUCGAAAACUUGGCUUUUACCGACAUCUUCAUGGCAGCCCUGCACAUGCCCUUUUGGAUUAUCAGUCUCCGCAAUGGACGCUGGAUAUUCGGUCACGCUCUUUGCCAGCUUGUGGGACUGACACAGUUGAUAUUUGGAAUCGCGUCGCUGUUUACCAUGACAGGCAUCGCUUUUAACCGUUACUUCAACAUAGUUAGGCGGAACCUUUAUAUAAAGUACUUUUCUACGAAAAAAAUCACCUACAUCAUUAUUUUUCUUACGUGGCUGGGCCCCAUUAUCGCCACAACACCACAGCUGUACGGAUGGGGAAAGAUUGACUAUCACGCUUUGUUCGCCGACUGCACGUGUGUUUGGAACCUACCCGAUGUUUCUUUUAUCAUAACCCUUUGCGUUAUGACCAUUUUCUUGGCAGCUGCGGUCAUAACGUGGUGUUAUUACACCAUCUACAAAACAGUAAAAGCAAGUGGGGAGAGAAUGCAGGGACACGCAGCCAAGAGUAACAUGAAAAGCGACCUUGCCCACAAAUCUGGUGAGAAAACGGAGAAUAAAGUCCUCAAGACUUCAUUUGUGGUGGUUUGUGUUUACAUGACCUGUUGGACGCCUCUCUCCGUCAUGGGUUUCAUUGAAGUGUUUGGAGGGGAGAGUCCACGAUGGGCCCACUUAUUUGCCUACUACUUCGUGUUCUGCAGUAGCCUCACGAAUCCCUUCAUAUACGGCGUCAUGAACCCGCAGUUCCAACGAACCUUCAAAAAGAUGUUUCGUAUACGCGAGAACGAUGUGCAGCCCAUCUCGAGCCGCACAGUUUUCAAAGAAACAAAGAAUACCAUGUUAGGCAGUAAGGUGGUUUUAGUAGAUGAUAUGCCAAGCACGUCCAUAACUUUAGUACCUUUGUUUCGUGAUCAAAAUCACAAUGCAAGUGACACAGGUGUGUUUGUGAACGUUGUAGCUGAAGCUGAAGAACAGUCUGAUGUGCCUGGAAAGUCAUUUAUAAGGAAAAAUGGCCAGGCUUGGCAAAAAUGA